GCGCCACAGAAACACACACCAAUUCACCAAAACCAUCCAAAGCAGUAUACGAUCGAGUUAAAAAGCCCCUUAACACUUGACCCAAGAAGCCUACUUCCACGGCCAGCUCCACCGCCGUGGCAAUGGCGCUGCGCGGCGGCAUGGCUCAGCAGCUAGCAUGCUGCUGCUUCCUGGUGGCGCUCGCGCUGGCGUGCGGCGUGGCCUUGGGGGCAACCGCGCCCAGGAAGCCUGGUCCGCCCAAAAAUCCCCCCAAGUCGUCGCUCCAGACGUUCAAGUUCCCAAAAUCCGGCGGUAAGCGGCUCUACUCCAUCAGCUGCAAGAAAGAAAGGGGAAAACCGCUCUGCGUCAUGUCCUGCCCGGCCAAAUGCCCCAACGAGUGCCUCGCAUCCUGCAGCUACUGCAUGUCAUUCUGCCUAUGUGAUAUCUUCCCUGGCACCUCUUGCGGCGACCCCCGCUUCACCGGCGGUGACGGCAACACCUUCUACUUCCACGGCAAGAAGGACCAGGAUUUCUGCAUCGUCUCCGACAAGGACCUCCACAUCAACGCCCACUUCAUCGGCAACCACAACCCUGCCGUUAGGCGCAGCUUCACGUGGAUCCAGGCCAUCGGCGUCAGCUUCGGUGGGCACCGCCUCUUCAUCGGCGCUCGCAAGGCUGCCCAGUGGGACGCCGACGAGGAUCACAUCGACAUCAUGCUGGACGGUGAGACCGUCGAUGUGGAGACCUUCAAGGGUGCGCUGUGGGUAUCCAAGGCUCUCCCCAACCUCUCCGUCACCCGCACCGACAACCUGAACGCUGUCACGGUCGAGCUUGACGGCGUGUUCAGCAUCAAUGCCAACGCGGUGCCAAUCACGGAUGAGGACUCACAGAUCCACAACUAUGGCAAGACCGAGAGGGACAGCCUCGUGCAUCUUGACCUUGGCUUCAAGUUCCAUGCCCUCACCAAGGCCGUUGACGGUGUGCUCGGCCAGACCUAUCAGCCUGACUACGUCAGCAAGGUGGACAUAGGUGCCAAGAUGCCAAUCAUGGGUGGCGCACCAAAGUACCUCUCGUCGAACCUCUUCUCCACGGAUUGUGCCGUCUCCAAGUUCACCGGCAACAAUGUCGCCGGCCCCGUCGUUACCUACGCCUCGUAAAUGAGUCGCCCAUAUUGACCUACAAGCACCCAUCUAUGCUACCAUGGAAUAAGUCAUUGGGGGUAUACAUACUUACAUACUACUGAGCACGUGCAAGAAGAAAUAAAUUUGGAACACUUCGAAGGUGCUUAGACUGUUCAAUCAUUUACUAAUUAUUAAGGCUGUUUCAAUUGUAUUGUGAUCGAACAAUACUGAUUAAUUUUCAGGUGUGGUAUAUCAGUAUA